AUGGUGCUCGAGACUUACCUAUAUGACUUACUAGCCGUGUCCCCUUCAGCUUCCGGGGACGAGAUCGGCAGAGCAUACAAAAAGGUGGCUCUCAAGUACCAUCCGGAUAAAACCAAUCACGAUCCAGAGCUCACAGAAAAGUUCAAGGAGGCUACACGAGCAUAUGAGAUUCUAAGAGAACCACACACAAGAAGCGUUUACGACGCAUACGGCGUUGAUGGGCUCGACGGCACCGCUGCUUCGAAGCAAGAACGCCAGAGACAGCAACAGCAGCAGCAAAGACAGAGCCAACGCAGAGGAGGGGGCUUUGGUCGGUUUCCAUUCCAACAGGACUUGUUUGCGCAAAUGUUUGAUGACAUGAACUCGGUAUUCUCGAGCUCGCCAUUUGAUGACCAUUUUGGUUUCUUCGGAUCCUCUCCAAUGACCGGUGCUGCUGGCAGCAUGGGCAUGAACUUCAAUAUGAACAUGAACGCAGGCGGCAAACGUGUGGUGCAGCCUGCGCCCGCAGCGCCAACCAGAGUUCAGCAGGGUGCUGAUAUCGAGCACACAUUCAAAGUGACUUUAUCAGAUAUGUAUUUCGGCAGGUUGGCCAAAUUCCAGCUUCCUAGACGUGCUAAGUGCGCCAAGUGCGACGGUUCCGGAAGCUUGAACCCGAAAGUUUGCCGGCAGUGCAAAGGAUCGGGCCGAGUCAUGGUUACCAUCACCAAUAGAAUGUCGCACAUUCAAGAAGUUAGCGCUUGCCAGACAUGUAGAGGCACAGGCACGUUUAGUGCUCCAAAUGAAAGGUGCCGUGAAUGUGAUGGCGGCUACGUGAUGGAGAGAAAGAUCCUCAAUGUGCAGAUAUUGCCUGGUCUGAAGAGCGGAGAUAAAUGUAUCAUUCAAGGCAUGGCGGAUGAAGGCAAAAACAUGAUUCCUGGCGAUGUGAUAAUCCACCUUCAAGAAGUGCCACAUCCCUCUCUCGUGAGACGUAACAACGACCUAUAUUUGGAGCAGGACAUCGACCUCAGGACUGCCAUGAUUGGUGGUUAUGUUGUUGUGCAUGAUUUCAUCAAUCCAGGUGAGGAUCUCAAGAUCUAUGUGAAUGUUCAUGGUAACGAUGCCAUCAAUGAUUCUAUCAAUUCUGAGAUCAAGCACGGAGAAAUUGUCGGUUCCAUCAAUCCGAACAGCCCAAAAAUCGUCAAGGGAAUGGGUAUGCCCAUUAAUCACAAUAUCAAAAAUGGAAGGUAUUUUCAGAGCGACGAUUUAGACGGUGACGCUUCUCAUUUGAAGCGUGGAGAUUUAUUUAUUAAGUUCAAUGUUCAGAUCCCUUCACUAGACCAGUUUUCUAGUAUUCAAGACAUUGCUACACUCUCGAAAGUUUUGCCUGGAAAAGCAGACGAUCAGCCAGACAAACCCUUUGCACAUGAACAACAUCUCUCAAACAUACCGGGAGACCAACCAAAUGGGGUUUUUAAACCCGACGAAUACGAUUACGAUCAGAUUGAGGUCGAUAGCCAAGAUCUGAAGGAGGAAGAACAAGACGAUCUCUUCUAUUUGGGGAAAUGGUCUAAAGAGGCACAAAACUGCAAGAAGAAGCGCCGAUUUAACGAGCAGCAUCAGCAGCAGCAGGAGCAGCCUUUCAGUAAGCCAGGGAGAUCAUAUGAUGCGGGAAACCCCGAAGUCCGCUGCUAA